UGGAAGUUGGCAGUGUUGGCACCAAUUAAAUUAGAAAGAUGAGAAAGUGUAAUGGAGGGGUAAACUUUUGGCACAAAUAGGUUGAUUAUAGUUAUUCAGAAAAUAAGUUACAACACAACAGAUUAUUAUAAUUAUAUCAUUGACUAAUGUGUUAAUCAAUAAUUAUAAUCAGGCAAUCAGAUUUCAAAACAAAAUGAUAUUUGCUCUCAAAUUUUCGUAUACCAUUUGCUAGUGAUACAGUUAUUUGUGUUCCUAAUUGAUUUUAUCAUGGAUAUGUCAAGCGAUUCUCAUAGCUCUGAUAAACAAAGUGGAAAUCCAAAUAAAUUGGAGCUUAUGCUAUCAGAAUUCAAAGAUAAAGAUGACGAUGGUGAUAGCGAUAUAAUUGACAUAGAUGCUAUUCAUUUUGAGGAUGACUACACUUGGCUAUGUCCUACAACAGAUGCACCCAAAUUAGUUAGUAGAGGAGUAGAUGACAUUCUCCAUGGAAGCAUUGAAGACAUUCUGAAUAAUGAUAGCGAUGAACAUGGUCUAUGUUUGAAGAAUAUAGAUACAAGAACCUUUACUCGUCCAAAGAAAAGAUUCAAUCGACCCAGCUUAGAAAAGUACACUGAUGAAGUAUGGGAUAAUAAAUGUGAUACACAGAGGAUUUCUGAGUGUGCACCUGUAGAAGAAGAUAUUGAAGGCUCUAAACCAAUAGCAUUUGACCUAACUCAGCCUGCUAAGAGUCAUUAUUUUGAUCAUAUCCUGUCCAAUAACGCAUCAGUAAAUAUUGAUUCAUUUCAAAACAUGUCCCCACCUAGUUUAGUUAAUUCUAUGUGUUCAUCUACAUUUGCAAAUUUGAUGGAAAGCAGUUUCAUCAACAAUGAUCCUGAAUUAAGAAAGAUACGAGAUGCAGACUACACAGAAACUGUUUUCUUGCAAGAUGUUGAACCUCCUACAUUUCACUCAAUGUCAGAAAGUUGUACGAGCAUAAACUCUGAUACUCCUGAAGGUUUUUUGAAAAAGGCUGCCUUGAAUGGUACAUGUACAUUUAAUAAGAACUCUACCCAGAAUUUGAGUAAUUUGGCAGAUAUUCAGAUUGGUGUGACAUUUAUUACAGAGAGUGAGGAAGUUUCUAAAAAUGGCAAAGGAAAAGACAGUCUGCAAAACAUCACAUUUGCAAAAGUUGAAAAUAACAUGGAUGGCACCUACUCUAGAACGCCUAAGAAAAGCAACACAUUUAGGAAGACAAACUUAAGAAACACCACAAUAGUUCUGGAUGCCACAUAUGGUAAACCAGAAUUACAAACAUCAAAUGAAGAUUUGACACAAACUCUUAUAAAAGACUGUACAAUUAAAAGUUUUGAGGGCACAAAAACAUAUCUGAAUAUACAUAAUGGUCUAAGUAGAGAAAAUACAAUUGAAAAUAUGAAAAAAGAAUUAUCUGAGGCGCCUGUUGCUGACAAUAAUCGAUUAAGUUACUGCCUUGAUGAUGACAAUGGUCGAGUAGAUUCUGGCUAUACAGAAGGCACUAGUGACAAAAAUACGAGUAUGAAACGACAGUCUAUUGGUUCAGCUGAUAGCUUGGAUAGAAUGAGCAGUAUCUCAACUAGUAGCAGGGAAUCCAACAGAAUGCUCAGUGUUGCUGAUGUGGGUGCCAUGGUACAAAUGCAGGAGAGAUGCUUGGAACAAGUGAUGUCGACGCCAAAAGCGGUGUUAGCCGUGCCAAGAAAAUUACUUGACACUUGCUUUAUCUCGCCGAUUGUGACUGGCGGAGAGCCCGCUUCCGAUUCUGACGGCUCGUCUAUUGACGAGUACAGAAGUGUCAAAUCGUCGGCAACGUCACUUGACAAUUACGGAACCCCGAAGACGACCCUUAGCCAUGCUCAAUCCGCUGAACCAAUUAAUACGAAAGCCAAAGCUAAUCCGCGGUCGGCUUAUACUGUGGCCUGUCCGAAAACCGUUCAGGAUGGUUAUGCAACCUGGAGUCAGGAAAGCCAUGGAAAUUUCAAGGAUAAUGAAAGUGAUCAAAUAAAGCCGGUACCGAUGCCAAAGCCCACUAACCCGAAAGCGGUGCCAUCGUCAUACAAGCAUAGUGGUAUCCAGAUUCGUCCCGCCUCCUCAGUGUCAAAUUUGAAGAAUAUGGCGCCGCGACUGAAGGGAUCGUACACCAGCUUGCGACCGAUGAGUGCUAACUUACCAGUAGCGCCCCCUAUACACACCGCGUCGAACCACAAUGUCGCACAAACUGUGCAGGCGCAUGGGACAAGUAACAAGGUACCCACAAUUGCUAAAGUCAAACCCGUAAUUGGUGAUCAUACCUUUGCAAUGCCCCAAAUCCCUAAAGCUAGUGGUUUACCCAGACCCACCGGUAUACCUAGACCCGCAUCUAGAAUACCCGGACCCCGAGUUAGUGGCAUAAGGUAAUUUUUUAGUUUUUUUCGUUUAGAUACAUUAGAUUCAACUUUGUAGCCGUUUUUUGAAGUUUGUGCUGGUGAUUAAAAACUUAAUAAGAAACUUUCAAGAGGAGCCCAUUGAUCUUAUGGAAAAUGGCUUUAAUGUAAGCUAGGAAAUUCAUUGUAGGGUAGCUAAAAACCUUUAAAAGGACUGAAUCAGUGGUAAUAAUACCAUGUUUAACAAGCAAAUAUCAGGUUAUGCUUCGCAAAAGCCACGUGAUAUAAUUGGCAUCAGGUGAUUAUAUACCAUAGUCUAGUUUUACGUCAACCACCAUAAAUACUCAAUGAUUUGCAAAAGCGACAUAUAUAGAAGCAUGUAUACAGGGUGAUUAAAAAACUAGUGCAAAUGUUUUCAGGGCAGAAACUGGAGCCAAAUGUUAUGAAAGUAUGGGAUCUAAAAUUCCCUCUUAUCGAGAUACAGGAUGGUGACAUUAUAAUUUCAAAACUGAGAAAAAUGUCUUUGGAGUGUGGAUUAAGGUACUGAGUUAUAAUUUUGUAGAUAUGUUGCUCAUAGCCGCCUUCCUACACAAUGAAAUAGAAAAUUACGCCAAAGAUUUUCGACUGCCUUAGAAGGAGGGGUAUGUCUUUCGCGCGUUACGUAAUCAAUGUCAUACGAAAUAAGUAAGCAAAUCGACUAACUGGACCAAGUGCGCAACUGAAGCUCCAUAGGAAAAUUGCACACUGGGCAAACUGGUCUUAAACGCAUCUGCUUUUCCACACAUGAAUUCACUCACGUCUGGCAAAACCUAUCGAUAUUUUUCGUUAGUUUAAUUUUCAGGUACAUUUGGCUGCAUUUUAUAUGAAUUAGGAAGAUGAAUAAAAGGAAACUCGAAAUGAUACGCUCAUGACAAGUGGGUUGUCACACUGACAGUGACAAGCAUAAACUAAGAAUACUCAUACGUUGGCGAGAAAAUGUUCAAGGUGGCGAGACGAAACUAAAAAACGUAUGUGUGAGCUUGCACAAACGUCCGCGCAUAGUCAGUUUGCAUACGUAUGUGUGAGGAGAUAGAGGAAUAAAUCGGAUGCUGGUAGUUUUAGUGUGACCCGCCAAAAACCGUGAAAUUAACUAUAUGUAUGACCUUUUGUCAUAUACAAUGUAAUACAAUAUGGCAUCAUACUUACUCGGCACUAAUAACAAUUUCCUGUUUACCUUAUGUUCAUUUCACGCAUACAAUGUGUCUUCAGCAGAAAGCCAUGUGUGCCUGAGCCUAGAUGCUUUGUAAGCAUAACCUAGAGUAUAAAUAGGUCCAAAAACCUGUUCUAUUGUUCAUAAUCCGGCACGACACCGUAAUGUACGCAUAGCAAAUUUACUGUUUGUAACUAAGUUUGUAAUCAAGUAACGGGACUCGGCGGAGUUUGUCAAAUAAAGUUUUGAAAAAUAUUUGUGUAGCAUCAAUGCUAUAACAUGUAUGUAUGGUGACAAAAUAUUCUAUUCCACAGGCUAAUUUCCGGCCGGCUUGAUGGAUUUUGAUAUAUGAGGUAUUGUUAUAUUCGUCUUAGCAGUGCAAGUGACACUGAAUAAUGGGUAUAUUGAUUUUAUA